CGUAAUGAUGCGAAGGUUCCGAUUGGCCGGAGAAUUUCCAAGGCCUCCAAACUUGGCAAGUUGAAGACUUCAACUCCCAGAAUUCUUCAGCCAGCCGCGCCGAGGGUAAAAUUUAGGCCGAGUCGCCAAGUGUACAUCCGCGCAGACGCGGUAAGAGGAGGCAAGGCCUAAGCGGAGCUUUGUAGCGGGGCAACUGAGAAGCGGAAAGGGCUCGUGAGCGUUCCAGUAUGGCCGGCCCGGGCUUAGUGGCGGGCGAAGUCGCUGUAGAUGCGCUGCCCUACUUCGACCAAGGCUAUGAAGCGCCGGGCAUCCGGGAAGCGGCCGCGGCGCUGGUGGAAGAGGAGACGCGACGCUACAGACCCACCAAGAACUACCUAAGCUACCUGGCUACGCCGGACUACAGCACUUUCGAGACUGAAAUAAUGAGAAAUGAGUUUGAACGCCUAGCAGCUCGUCAACCCAUAGAAUUACUGAGCAUGAAAAGAUAUGAGCUACCUGCACCUUCCUCUGGGCAGAAGAAUGAUAUUACAGCAUGGCAGGAAUGUGUUAAUAACUCAAUGGCUCAACUGGAACACCAAGCAGUUCGAAUUGAAAAUUUGGAGUUGAUGUCUCAAUAUGGCUGCAAUGGCUGGAAAGUAUAUAAUGAGCAUUUAGUCCACAUGAUUGAACAGGCACAGAAAGAGCUGCAAAGUUUAAGAAAACACAUCCAAGACCUUAAUUGGCAGCGGAAGAACAUGCAACUCACAGCUGGUGCUAAACUUCGUGAAAUGGAAUCCACAUGGGUGUCCCUUGUCAGUAAAAAUUAUGAGAUUGAACGAACUAUUGUGCAGUUGGAAAAUGAAAUUUCUCAAAUUAAGCAGCAACAUGGAGAGGCAAAUAAAGAAAACAUCCAGCAAGACUUCUGAGGCAGGCUAAUACAACAUUGCCUGAAGCUUGUGCAUAAGUGAAGAUGAUUUCUCUAUGUAUAUAAUGAUAUAGAAGCCAUCACCUGUGUUAAAAGAUUCAUGAACUUUAGCUUAAUAACCUGAUUGCAAAGUCCAAACCUCUUCAGAAGAUUUAUUAAUUUUCCAGAUUUUUAGCAUGGAGGGAUUUAUUUUUAUGAAGGAUUGUAUCUUUUUUUAAAGGAAUACAAAAUAAAAAAAUACCAGUGUAAAUUGUCUAGCAAGAAUAAAGCAUUGUAGUUGAAAAAUCCUGCAGUAAAAUUUAUGUUGCCAGUGAAUGUCAAAAUAUUUUCAAAUGUCACAAGAUGGUUAGCAAGAUCUAAAAGAUGGAAUAAUUUACUUAUAUUUUAUAUUUGCUCUUAGGCAAAAAAUAGAUUGUCUGUAAUAAAUACAAAUAUGUGUAGUGGUAGCAAAUACCUUUGUUCUAAGUGUCAAGACAAUAUAUUGGAUUAGUGCAAAUGGUAUAAUGGGAUUUUUAAUGCACGAUUACUUAGGAGAUGUGGGACAUUGGUUAUUUAAUUUGAAAUACAGUUUCAUAUUUGAAAUAAAAAUAAAACUUGGUUUAAUUGGUUUUGCAAACUUCAGAUGCAAUGAACACAUUUUGUGUUUGGACUGUAUUUAAUGGACUAAUGAAAACAAAAGUUUGGGUUUCACUGCAAAUGAUAUUAUUCAUAUCAGUUAUAUAUUUAAAUAACUAUAUGUAAUGUAUAACAAUAUACAUUAAAUUAUCAGAUGACUAGUCUUUUAAAUUAACAUUUUGUUGCAAUUAACUUCGUGUUAUUUAUGCAAUUAUGGAAAUGAUGCAAAUUGACAUAAAGAAUUUAAAUUUAGUAAAUAUUCACAACAAUACUUAAAAAUUGAGACAUUUCCUAGUAUAGUAACAUUAAUGAUGAAUUAGUGAUAACCAUAAUAUGCUCUCAAGUAAUUUUAGGACUGAGAAAUGUAGUAAUGGUGCCAGAAGGUGAAAUUUUCAGAAGAUUGUGUUCAGUUGUAUUGUGCUUAAUGAAUGCAGGUGAACCUUGUGGCAAAUCAGGAUUUCCCUCUCAUAACAUGUUAUCUGUAGGAAAAACUAUCCAAGAUGACUACAUAUGUGUGUGGUGGUUUCUUGCUUUAGAGUCAUAAUAUAUUGUAUAUAAUAUAUUGUCCCCAGUCUUUCUUUGCCUGAUUACAAAAUUUGUAGUUUCCUUUCAGAGUAAUGGCCAGUUGGGAUUCAUUUGCAGCUUCUCCAGCAGUACAGUAUCUGUUUGUUUACUAAAUAUGAGUAGUAAUAUUGUUUUCAAACUGGAAGUGGAAUGAACUCUAUGUCAAAGCACUUAUUUCUCUUAUGGCAGUUUUUUUUAUCUUUAUGAAUUUUCUUUAUUCCCUUCAUUCUUCUGACUAAGAGAUGGAACAUAGGGUACUACAGAAGGAAUUAUUUCUUCAGAGUUUUAUAUAGAAGCAUUUCUAACUAUAAUUAAGAAGCAAUCAGAAUUUAGGCAUGAAAAAAGAAAGAAGUGGAAUAAAAAAAAGGGUAUUGAUUGAUGAAAAAUAUUCCCAAUUACAGUGGUCAAUUAAAAAGUAGGAAAAUCUUGAGAGAUGGAGAAAGCAAAGUAGGGGAAUAAAAAAAAUGGUGGCUGGGAA